GGAAAGAAUUCAAAGAAAGAGAGGGCGAGAGAAGGAGAAGACGCAGAGCAACGGCUAUGGCGAACGAAGGACAGAGAGAAGAGGCCGAGCAACGGCUAUGGUGAACGAAGGACAAAGAGAAGACGCAGAGCAACCGCUAUGCAACGGCUGUCGCAGAGCAAUGGCUAUGGCGAACGAAGGACAGAGAGAAGACGCCAAGCAACGGCUAUGGCGAAUGAAGUACAAAGAGAAGACGCCGAGCAACGGCUAUGGUGAACGAAGGACACAGAGACGACGCAGAGCAAUGGCUAUGCAAUGGCUAUGGCGAACGAAGGACAGAGAGAAGACACAGCGAAACGGCUAUGGCGAACGAAGGACAGAGAGAAGAAGCCGAGCAACGGCGAUGGCGAGCGAAGGACGGAGAGAAGAGGCAGAGCAACGGCUAUGUAGAAGGAAUGACAGAGAGAAGACGCAGAGCAACGGCUAUCAUAAUGGAGGAGGAAGGACAUACAGAAGACGCAGAGCAACGGCUAUGGAGAAUGAAGAACAGACAGAAGACGCAGAGAAACGGCUAUGGCGAACGAAGGACAGAGAAAUGGAUACACGCAGAAGACGAGGAACGGAUAUGGUGACUGAAGGAAAGAGAGAGGGAGAAGAGAAGGCACGAGCGAAGGGGAAGGACGUGAGGUGGGGAAUGAGCGAAAGCCGUCCGCGGCAGACAACGCACCUGGUGGAUGAUGCACUCACGUUGGCUAAGGGGGAGGCGUGUGGAAUUCUGGUGUUCGUGGCUUGGCGAUCCUUGGUGUUGGUAGCAAUGUCGGCGAAGGUUGUCUGUCGUGGACAAGUGCGUGGUCGAACCGUGGUUGUCUACGAGAUGCUCGAGCAUCGGGAUCAUCAACCGGAUCGCGAUUUUGGUUUUGUUGCGGCGGAUAAUCGUUUUGGUUAUCGUAGUUAUGAGGUUGAUGCUAAUGGGGUUUUGGUGUUGAUAUUGGAGGUGGGUUUAGGUUACGUGGGUGACGAUCUGCGAGAUGUCAGUGUAUAUGUGACGAAAAAACAUGAUGACGUGCCAAAUGGUUACGUCGUGCGGGAGGAGGAUAUUGUUGAGAGGAUUGUUCGUAUGUUGUUGUCGCCGAUAGCAUUGGAGCAUGAUGGUCGGAUGACAGGUUCGUGGAAUUCGUGGCGUGUUAGGUUGAGAGUAUAUGAUUGGCGUAAAGUGCAAGGUUUAUGUAGAGCACCAUCCAAUGGCACUCAAGCUCCUGCAGGAAGUGCUGGACCACAGGCGCAGGAAACUGGAUUCCAUAUUAGAGUGGACGGUUCGUUUGCUAUGGCUCAUGAUACGGGGGAGGUGCAGGCCCGAUCGACACUCCGAAAUCUCAUAUCGAGGCCGUCGGCAGGGCUGUCGUCCGAUUCCAUAGGUGCCAAACAAGGCGGUGGUUGCACAUAUCCAUAUCAUUCGCCACACGUCCCCAAUUCACGUUUCAAGGACUUUGUCUCAGACGGCAUACCAGCAGGCGCUGACCUCUCCGAAGUUGUUGAGCCUUUGGUUGUCGAAGGUGAUGUUCUGCAUGCGGAUGUUGCGUGUUUGCGAAGAUUCAUGAAUUUCCGGGACUCUUCGACAUUGGGAGGCAGUUCCUCGGCGCCUAUGCAACAUCCAGAGAGUGAGCCAUCUGCACCGAUCAGAGCGCGCAUUGGAUCUAGACGGAAGAGGAAAAGUACAAACAUGGUGGCUGCAUAUGAGUCGUCAGAUCGAGAGGCUUUCUGGUCAAACGGCGAGGUGGUGAGCCCCAAUAUGGCAUGCGCACCACACCUCCUACGCAAUAUGCUAUCACUGGAGGUGUGGGACCGUUGCAGCGAUUACUUGCUAAAGAGUCAGAGGGUCAACAAAGAGCAGGCAAAGAUGCUCCUUGAAGCAGCGCGAAGCACCAGCGAGAUAGUGUUUGACUACUACAUGCAACGCGUUGCAGACGUUUUGAAAGACAAGAACAUUGUGGAGAAGAUCUUCGAGAAAGCGGACAAGAGACAUUGGGGAGGGCCUCAUUUCCCUUCUCCAAGAUAUGGGAAGGUGACGUCGCAAGUUGUCGAGUCAAUGAACAACAGAUUCUUGAAGGCUCAAAGGAUGCCGCCGAUCCAACUUAUCGAGGAGUACCGAGGUUGGUUGCAGAGAUGGCACACGGAGAGAAGAGAUGCGGCGGACCCGCAGGUGGGGGAUCACCCUGAGGUCGUGGAAGACAUGCUCGCCAUUACUUUGCAGUUGGCGAGGAAAUAUUUCAUUCGAAAAGCCGCACGAGACGUGUAUGAGGUCUACUUGAACGAUUCACAAGGUCAUGAGCGGUUCGGGGACGAGCACGAUAAUCUUGGUGUUUUCGGCGCAGCUGUUCCUGACUUUAAGGACCUCAAACACGCAGUGCAUGAGAAUGAAGGCCUUUUGGAGAACGAGGGUGUGCCCGAAAAUGACUGGGACGAUAAUGAGGACGACGAUGACGAAGAGGAUAGUGGUCGUGAGGAUGACGAGCGAGAUGGUGAGGGCAAAAAGGACGGCGAAGGCGAAAAUGCGGCAGAAAAGGCGGAUGAGGGGGGGGAGGAUGAUGAGAGCAAGGACAAGGGAGACGAAGAAGAGAGAAAGGAAACGAAUGAGGAGCAGAGUGAGGAGAAUGUGGACAGCGUCAGGGAGAGGGACGUGGAGGUCCAACCACGGAGCAGCAAGGAGGAUGACGACGAGAAAGGGAAGGAGAAGGUCGGCGAGGCGGAGGUGGUGGACGUGUGAGGGGAGGGGGAAGAUACUGAAGGAGUUCAUGACGAAUAUUUGUCACGAACAGAUAAGGACUCCAAUCGUCAUGCCUUGAAC